AUGUCCUCUCCCUUUCCUAUACCCAACAUAGCCUCAUCUCCUUUUCCCAUCCCAAUUCACCAAGGUCAAGGUCAAUCUCCUGCAUCUCUCUUACCCCACCCAACGGUCCAAGCUCCAUCUUCUGGGCCGAUAUUCGCUCCUUCCCCUUUAUCCCAGUUAAUCUCAUCAACCAUCAAUAAUUCCAAUGGGAUCGCACCUCCUACCGGACUGACUCCCGGAGCUAUAGGGAUGAACAAUGGUAUAUCCACUACGACACCUAAUUUCAGUAUGAAUAUGGGUAUAACACCCAAUACUUCAGCUUUGUUAGCUUCUGUCGGUAUGGGGAAUACCAACUCUACGCAAGUACACGGACAGGGACAGAGUCAGGGACAAGGUAAUGGGUUGAGUAAAGAAAGCUUGAUAAUGGGUUUGAAUGAGUUGGAUAACAUCCUUAGUAGGAUACAGGAUGUACAAGAGGAGAUCAAGGAUAUUGAGAAUAGGGUAUUUGCUGGAAAACGAAAAGGUGAUGAAGAUAGGUUGAUAGCGCUGCAUACUGAAUAUAAUCAAUCCGUUCAAACUCUCUUAUCAAUCUCAUCGACCAACCUCACCUCUUCCUUACCUAUCAUCCCAUCAUCGGAUCCGGGAAAUCAGUCCAAUCUUACGAUAUCGGACCUGGCCAAAUGGUCAGAGGAGAAAGCAGGUAUGGAAUUCAGUAGGAGGGAGAAUCUCCGAGCUGGGAGUAAAGCCGUGGUUGAUAUCCUACGUGCGAGUGGGAGAUAA